CGCGGAACCUCAGCGCGCGGCGCGCGGGGCCGGGCGGGCCCGGCAGUGCGGCGCACGAUGAGCACGAAGCAGGUGACGUGCAGGUACUUCUUGCAGGGCGUGUGCCGGGAGGGCAGCAAGUGCCUCUUCUCCCAUGACCUGGCCACCAGCAAAUCCUCCACCAUCUGCAAGUACUACCAGAAGGGGCAGUGUGCCUACGGCUCCCGCUGCAGGUAUGACCACGUGAGGCUCCCUCCGGCGGGCGGAGCCGCGGCCCCGCCGCCCUCCGCGGCCCCGGGCAGCCCCCGGGCGCCCCCCGAGCCCGGCCCCGGCGCCCCGCGCAGCAGGAGGGAGAAGAGGACGCUGGUGCUGCGGGACAGAAACCUGUGCGGCCCCAGCGAGGACGCUCAGCGGCCCGGCGGCCCCGGGGCCGGGCUGUGCUGCGGCAGCCCCGGGGACAGCCAGGAGGACAAGCCCCACUCCUACCUGGAGGCCAUCUGCAGCGGGCUGCAGGAGCCGGGGCCUGGCGGCUGCCCCGGUGCCGCGGAGCAGCUGUGUCCCUACGCCGCCGCCGGCGCCUGCCACUUCGGGGAGCGCUGCCUCUACCUGCACGGGGAGCUCUGCGAGAUCUGCGGCCUCCAGGUGCUGCACCCCUUCGACCAGGAGCAGAGGAAGGCCCACGAGAUGAUGUGCAUGGCAACGUUUGAGCACGACAUGGAGAGGGCCUUUGCCAUCCAGGCCAGCCAGGACAAGGUGUGCAGCAUCUGCAUGGAGGUGGUGUAUGAGAAGCCCUCGGCCUCAGAGAGGAGGUUUGGGAUCCUGUCCAACUGCACCCACACGUACUGCCUGUCCUGCAUCCGCCAGUGGAGAUGUGCCAAGCAGUUUGAGAACCCCAUCAUCAAGUCCUGCCCCGAGUGCCGGGUGAUCUCCGAGUUUGUCAUCCCCAGCGUGUACUGGGUGGAAGAGCAGGAGAAGAAGAAUGAGCUGAUUGAAGCAUUUAAGCAGGGAGUGGGGAAAAAGCCCUGCAAGUACUUUGAGCAAGGCAAGGGAACGUGUCCCUUCGGAGGGAAGUGUCUGUACCUGCACGCCUAUCCCGACGGGACCCGAGCAGAGCCUGAGAAGCCCCGGAAGCAGCUCAGCUCCGAGGGCACAGUGCGGUUCUUCAAUUCCGUGCGCCUGUGGGACUUCAUCGAGGACAGGGAGAGCAGGAGCACACCCGACGCCGAGGUCACGGAGCUGGGGGAGCUGUUCAUGCACCUCUCUGGGGCUGAGGAGGAUCCCACUGCUGCCAGGGAGCACACACAGCCCCUCUGAGCCCAGCAGUGCAGCUGCUUGCCAGCCAUGCUUUUACUCUCUGCAGCACAGGUAGAACAAAACGUGCCCUGGUGGUUACUUGUGCAGUCCUGGUAAAGUUUACAGAUAGUUUUUAUAUGGCAGCAACAAAAAAAGACUAAAAUAUAUUUAAAAGAAAAAAAAAAUUGGCUGCAUGGAAAAAAAUCCCUUAAUCCCAGGAGGGUUUUCUCCCUCUCUGGCCUAACAUGCUGUCUUGUGAGCUGAGUGGUAGUGUAAGUACAGGUCCAGUGAAAGCUUAAGCUGGUAAAAACUGUUGCUAAUUAGAGUUUGGGUGCUUUUGGGUUUUUUCCUCCACUAAAACAGCUAAAUGUAUAACAACAAAACCCACUGGGAAUAAUGGAAUAAUGGUCAGUGUAGGGUUUUCUCCUUAAAAAGGAGCUGGUACAUUAUACCUCAAGUAGUACCCUGGAGUUCAGAGCAGUUUGGUGGAAUCCCUGGGCAGGGCCUGGCUCUCAGGUGCUGCCAGGGAGUUCCCAGCCCUGUUUCACACUAACCCAGUGCUGGGAGGCACCAGUGGCUCCUGCUGAGAGGCAAAUGCAGCUGCACUGAUUCCUGAACUCUGGCACAACUGGAGCUUGGGAGCUGCAGCACGAGAGGAGCUGUCCUCACCAACCCAGCCAGCCCUGCCCCACAGCCAGGAGUGGCUCUGCAGCAGCUCAGUGCCUCCAUUCCCCUUUUCCCCAGCACUGCCCAAGGCCCAGGGCUGAGGGAUUGUGCACAUCUCUGCUGAGUUAACAGAAUUGUUACUGAAUUCUGCCUUUGUUAAAAAUGGGAUUUCUGUUGGUGUGGCAAAGGCAGCUUGAUUGUGAAAUCUGGUACCAGAAGUUAAUUUUGCCAAGUCAACUGUUCUAACUUGAAAUUUAAACCAAGAAUUCAGUGUGCACUGCAGUGGCUGCUGAGUAACAGCAUGGACACAGCUGAGCAUGAGCUUCCACUGACUUAGGUCCUUGUAAAUCACUUGGGGGUGGAGUGAGACACUGAGCAGGGCUUGUAAAUACAGAUAGAGAUGUGGGGUUUAUUUUAGAACAGUUUGGUUGCAAUGGAAGGCAGGUGUGUUAACUGGUUUGGUUAUUAUCUACAGCAAUAUAAAAGCAUAAAAAUAAUACUUAAAAUUGUGUAAGAAAGGAAGGCCAAGAGCAGAAAGGUUUGUAAGGUUUGUAAUCACCACCUGUGGACCAGUGAUGGUCACAGCUUCCUCCAGCAAGGGUGGGAAAUGCUGAAGGAGAAGGUGUUCAGAGGGAGCUGGGCAGGAGGCUGUGCCAGCUGGGCACACAGGGCCCUCCCUGGGGCAGUGACAGCAGGGUCUGCUCCCAGCUGGGAGGGACCAGCAGCAGCCUUAAUCUGGGGUUCCACAUCUUCAGCUGCCACCAAAGCAGUGACUCCUGGCUUGUCCCUUCAGUGCUGUUGGCACUUCUGGGUCAGGGGCUCCUCCCUGUGCCAGCUGUGCCCUCUGUUCUGAGCUGGAAAUUAAACUGUCCCCUCACUAUCCCCCUACAGGUGAUACUUAGUUCACUGCAGUCAGGACUGGCCUUGGCAGUGGCUGUAACAUCAAUUCCCAGUUUCUUGGUAAAACUGGCCUAGCGAAGGUCUGAAGCCCAAUCAGUGCAACUGGUCAGCAGUAAUUACAAAGCAGAAGGUAAAUUAUCCCUAAGAGGGGUGUCACACACCAAGAUCAAUGUUUAAGGACACCCAAACACCCUUUCUACCCUAGAGUACUUCCCCAGCCCUCAUCCUUUCACUGAAGCUGAUUUCCAUCUGCUCCUGCACAUAAUUUUUUUCUCCAGAAAUACUGUCAGGAGUACACUAAAAAAAAACCAGUAAUAUUGUUAAAAGCCUUGCAAAACUGUAUGGAGACUCAAUUUACCAUUCAGGAAGCAAAGCUUACAUGAAUUCUCAGUUAUCACCCAGGGAUUCAAGUUCUGUUACAGAAUGUUCUGGGGACAAACUGGAGGUGAUUUCUGUGUCUGGCUCUCCUCCCCUGCACAGGAGCUUUGUGAGUUUUUGCUGCUGCAGAGAGGCUGCAGUGGCUGUUUGGGCAUUCCUGGGAGAGGUGCACAGGGGGACAGUCACAGUUCCCAGCCAAGGCAGCAGAUCUGCCCAGCAGCUCUGGGGUGGAGGUGCCAGAGGGCACUGCCAGCCCCGCUCCCCACUCCCUGACCCCCCAGAACCUGUUUGCACCCACAGAAAGGCGAAGUCCCAAAGUGGGCUCCAUUCGUGCCCUAAUAACCACAUUUUACAUUGAAAACACCCAUUUUUAGAUUCACCCACCUGUUCCUGUCCUCCAUGGAGUUCAGCCAACAUAAAAACCUCUCAAUAAAAGAGAAAAUUGAGCCAAAGUGGUGCAGGGCAAGAGCCUGAGAGCACAUCAGGGGGUCGUCCAAAGCAGCUGCUGCUCAAAGAUCACUACGGUACAAAAAGCUGUCUUGUCCUGUGACUGGAAAUGUAGAGGUUGUUUUAACAAGUGUGUUUUUACUUGCACUGCUAUUAUUUAUCACUUACUUUUAAAAAAUUAUUCAGAAUGUCAUUUCUUGUGUUUUCCAAAUGCCGAUGUCCCACUCUGAACUGUGGAUGACUACAUUAAAAUGAUGACAAUGAAUCUUAAACCUAAAAUUUAAUUUAUUUUAUUAAAAUAAGAUAAUCAGAGGAACCUUGGCUUACAAUAAAUGCAUUUUCUCAGGAGCAAUAAAAACAAAAUUAAAACCCAAA